UAAGCCUGUAUGGAAGGAGGGCAAACUCAAGGCCUGCCCCGACGACACGUGCCCUAGCUACACCACUGCACCCAUAUAUAUCUCUAAACACGAGCCAACGAGAACCUCUUUGUGGUAGCUCAUCUUGCCAAAUAUCUCAAAUCAGACAGAACUACCUUAUAAAAAAAGUGGGGGUGGGAUUUCGGAUUCAUUGUCCAAUAGUCUGAGAUAAACUAUAUUUGAUGGUUACAGUGAGAAUACUUUUGAAUAUAGAUCUGCUCAACCAAGGCUAACUAAACAAUGACAACAUACGAAUUAAGAAUGGACAUUGAAUCACAGAUUGAAGAGGUAUCGAAGUACAAUGUUGUCUUUCUUUGAGUGAGUUUUAAAUGAGAAUGUUAUAAUGCCAACUCUUAGUGUGUACUGUACACUCAAUGAAUAUAUGUGUGAUUCUAAGUGACUCAUACUCUGAGUGACUCACAUUCUGAGUUUACUUCAUGGAAAGCAUCUAAGUGGUAACUGAACAAGUGUAAAAGUUAAAGAAACAUCCUCAAAAUAUUUUAUUGUCCAAAUCCACAGUUAUUCAGAUUUUCAGUAAUUUUGCUGGCUUUGCUGAAUUCCAUAACUGGUCACCCUCCAUAGGGAAAUGUGUGAUACAAUAUCAUCACCAAAUAAGGACUUUUCAGUUCAUCAACAGAAUCAUAAUACAGAAAGAUUAUUUCAUUGUGAAAUAUGUGAUAAAAUAUUCUCUCUGAAAAGGUCUUACCUCCAUCACAAACACAGCCAUUCGAAAGAAAAGACAUUCUCUUGUGAAAUUUGUGAUAAAACAUUUGUCUGGAAGAGCCAGUUGUCCUACCACAUACGUGCUCAUACAGGGGAGAAGCCUUACACUUGUGAAAUUUGUGAUAAAGCCUUUGCUCGCAAGAGCAAAUUGGCCAUUCAUGAGCGUAUUCACACUGGUGAGAAACCUUAUCAUUGUGAAAUUUGUAAUAAAACUUUCUCUGAAAAUAGUUCAUUAAAUUCUCACCAACAUGUUCACACAGGGGAGAAGCCAUACCAUUGUGAAAUUUGUGGGAAAAGAUUCUUUCGAAACGGUCACUUAUCUAUUCAUGUGCGGACACACACUGGAGAGAGGCCAUACAGUUGUGAUAUUUGUGCUAAAUCAUUCUCUAGAAAAAGUGGCUUGUCUGCCCACAAAUUAACUCACAGUGGGGAGAAACCCUACCAUUGUGAAACAUGUGGGAAAGUAUUUGCCAACAAUUACAAUUUGAUGAGGCACAAACUGACCCAUACUGGAAUAAAGCCACACCGAUGUGAGAUUUGUGGGAAAGAAUUCUAUAGAAACAAUCAUUUAUCUAUUCAUGUACGCAUUCACACUGGAGAAAAACCAUAUGUAUGUGAAAUCUGUGGUAGAGCAUUCUCAGACAAAAGUGGGUUUCGUGGUCACAAAUUUACUCAUGUUGCUGAGAAACCUUUCCCCUGUACAAUAUGUGGCAAAUCGUUUUCACAAAACCGUCUGCUACUUUCCCACAUGCUAAUUCACACUGGUGAGAAGCCAUUCCGUUGUGAUAUUUGUGAUAAGGCAUUUUCUCGUAAAAAGACUUUAUCUAACCAUAGACGUAUUCAUACAGAAGAGAAAUCCUACAGUUGUGAAAUUUGUGGACAGAAAUUCUUCCUCUAUGAUGGCCUUUGUCAUCAUAAAAAAACACAUACUGAUUGGAAUCAGGUAGAAUGUGGAUUUUGAGGUAAGUUGCUUUAACGUAGGAAAGAUUUAAGAUUGGUUCCAAUCUUUGCUGUGUAUUUGAGAACUGAGAUGUAAUUUCAAGAACACUGACCCCUAUCAACUUAAUAAGGAAUGGUUCAGUGCCAAGAUAACAUCACAUGAGAAAUAAUGGUAAAGAAGAAAGAAAAAAAAGUAGUGGAAAACAUUCAAAUGUUAAAACACACUGUACCUUCUUUCGUAAACACAGGAAAGAAAAAUAUAACAUCUAAAUAUAUUUGAUUUCUGAAAGAUAAUGCUGCCAUAGAGAAAAUGAUUACAGAAUCCUCCUAAUCAGUGGAGAGAAGAAAGUCUGUUUGGUUGACAAAUUUAAUAUUUUCCAACAGAAAACAGUUGAUAACAUAUUAUGAAAAUGAAAAUUAUCAGAAAGACUAGAUAACUUUACAAACAGGCUGAUAAAACUCUAGCAGCUGCCACGGGGAGAAGCCUCUGUGCAGUUGUUUGCUUAAUCUUUUAGAAAUAGCAACGCAAAUCUCUUUCAACUCACACUGUCCUUAUAAAAGAAGGGAUUAAUGUGGUCCUAGACUACAGUCUGACCAUGGAAGGAACAUUCUUCAACUAAAGUCAUCUUGAUCAGAGGUAGUCUGAGGUUAAACAACCAACAACCACACAUACAUGCAUACAUAUAUAUAUAAAUGUAUAUACCAUGAGCUAGUGAAAAAAAAAUCUCUGGUCACUUGACCAGCUAGAAAUAACAAUUAAAUCACACCUUGCCAUCUUAAUAAAAGGAGGACUCAUUAGAUUGCUGUUGUCCUAGAUACAUUAUGUCUGAAAAAAUAUACAGGAUAUUGAUCGCAGUUGAUAUGCUUUUGAACUGGGCCUGCCUACCACCACCAGUCAGGAAAGUGAUCUGUAAAUCAUGUAACUAAAAAGAUCCAGUGAUAGUAGAUUUGUUGAUGUUAUGCAAAGCAUUCUUGAGUAAUGCUUAAAAUGUAUUUUAAUGACCAUACAUAACUGUAUACAUGUAUAUAAAUACAUACCGCGUGUGUAUAUGUCUGUGUAUGUCUUCACUGAACCAUAAGACACCUGCAUUUUUGCAUUAUACUUCACUAGCUAUGUAUACUGAUCUCAGUAUACAUAGCUGGGCUAAUGGUGUGCUUACAUCCAUAUUAUCUAAAAGGAGAAUUUCUUCUUAUAACAACUGGUACAGCAUAUUACCUUUCCAUAUCCAUAUGUACAUGAACGUGUUAAAUAUGACUGAUAUGACUAUACAUAUCUAUAUUUCAUUCAACACAGCUUAGUUUGCCUCUGAUUAAUAUAUAUUUGUUAUGUACCUCUAGCCAGCAGGUCUGAUGAGUCACUGAUAUUGUUAAGUGCGUAAUAAUAAUAAUGAUAAUGAAAUUAUUGUGUAUAGUGCUCAGGUGCACUACAACUCAUCAAAGGUGCAGGUAUAGUACACAGAAUUAUGUACAAAAGUCAGGAAAGUGAACAGUACGAGUCAUGAUAUACAUGUGUGCAUGCAUAUGGUGGUGUGAAACCAAUGGUAACUGUCUGAUUGGCCAUAACCAAUGGCUACAUCAAAUAUAUAUAUAUAUGUAUAAAUGUAUACAUAUGCAUUUGUUUUUUCUAUAGUUUCAGCUUACAGCUGCGGCCAUGCUGAUGCACCAUUUGAUUGAUAUAUUACUCAAUAUAUAUUACAUGAUACAUUACACAGUACCUGUUGCUGUUGUACAUUACAUAACAUACCAUCAUGAUAUUACAUCUUUUUCCUAGAUGGUAUGGUCUGGAUGAAUCUCAUUAUUGUCUUGUCAGUCAUUGCAGCCUUUCGCACAAUAUUAAAAAAAUCUGGUUAACUUUGUUGCUGUGAACUCAUACAGUGUAUACUGUAUUUUAUGCCAAUGGCCCUAUGGAGGUUGUCUGUGUCAAGACAUUAUUCUUUGUCAAAGUUACUAUCCUCUUAAACAGGUUUGCUCUGCAGUACAAAAGCUCUCAUUGGCCGAGUAUAAAAAGUUGUUUCCCCUUAUUUAGGCAUGAUGUCAUUUACGAUGGUUGACAAGUGUUACACAUGAAACUUGGGGCUCCUGAGUAACUUCUAGGGUGUUUUUCAGCUUCAACAAAAAAGGAAAAAAAAAGCUUCUUGUUUCAACACAAUUUUGAAGGAAGGGGACAAGUUGAUUAUAUCAACCCCAGUACUUCACUGGUACUUUGUUUUAUUGAUUCUGAAAGGAUGAAAAGCAAUAUUAACCCCUGUGUGAAGAAAUACUAUAAAGCACUUUUUUCUCCUGUUCUUAUGAUUCUACUAUCCUAAUAUAGAUAUCAAAUGUAUUAACAGGUCCAAGUGUGGUUGUGUGGUUAAAAAGAUUGCUUCCCCACCAUAUGGUCUUAAGUUCAAUUCCAUUGCGUAGCACCUUGGGCAAGUGUCUUCUAAUAUAGCCUCAUGCCAACCUAAGCCGUGUGCGUGGAUCUAGCAGCUGGAAACUGAAAGAAGCUUGUAGUGUAUAUGUGUUUGUUUGCGUGUAACCUUCUCUAAACAUCAUGUGAUGGUUGUGCAAUGUUGUUCCUUCCGAGUCUUCUGUAGAAAACGUGUCUAACCAUAGGAAAAUAUUACUUUGUUAGGGUUGACAAGAGCAUCCAGCUAUACAAAAUCUGCCUCAACAAAUUUUAUCUGACCCAUGCAAGCAGGGAAAAGUGGAUGGUAAAUGAUGAUGUAUUGAGCUCCCGUUUUCUUCUCAUUUGUAAAGCUUACUGUACUUGUGGCUUAUACACACAUAUUGAACCAUCAAGGAAAUAGCAGCCAAAUCACUCUAAAACCACAUCAGACUGUCUUAAAACACAAAUGUUGGAUAAUCUAGCCCAUUGUACAUCACUGCUGAAAAGAAAGGGGAUAAAAAUGUAAUAUGUCUUAAAUUCUUCUGUUGAGUCACCUUGUAUUAAACCACAAUAUGCAUAUACACUUUUCAUCCUGGCAUGUGUUGAAUGGGUCGUCAAAAUCAGAAUCAGUUCUUAUGUGAGUUUCUCUCCUCCAAGGAGCAUGGUGCACUCUCUGUAUGUGUAUGUGGAGAGAGAGAGAAGCCAGCUGUGCCACAUAUAGGUACAGGCAUGGCUGUGUGGUAAGAGGUUUGUUUCCCAACCACACAAUUCCAGGUUCAUGACAUCUUGGGGUUAGUAUCUUCUACUAUAGUUCUGGGCUAAUGAAAGCCUUGAGAUGGAUUUGGUAGACAGAACCUGAAAGAAGCUUGUUUUGUGUGUGUGUGUGUGUGUGUGUAUAUAUAUAUAUAUAUAUAUAUAUAUAUACACACAUAUGUGCGGUUGUUCUACUGUCUCCUUGCCUUGAAUUCACAUGAUAAUUAUAAACAAGUGUCACCAUUAUACAAGUGGUGUCCAUUUCCAACUGCCUAUAAAAACAUGUCUGCUCAUGGAGAAAUAUUUUACUUGGAAUAAAAGUGACGGUUGGCAACAGGAAGAGUAUUCAGCUGUGGAAAAAACCACCUCAACAAACUUUGCCUGACCCAUGCGAGUAUUGGAAAGUAAACAUUUAAAUUACAGGUCAUUUUUGAAGUUUCACCUUGCUUGUUUAUAUAUGUUUAAAAAUUGUAUCUGGGGAUGGUGGAUUUAUGCUAUGAUGUAAUCUAUGAAUGCAUCAAUAAAAUGCUACCGAAACAGCUGUAGUAAAUUUUAAACCCCAUUUGUGUUUAAAAGAGUGAGUGGGAGAGAGAGAAAGACGUUAACUGCAAGUAAAGUAUUUAUAAAACAACUA